AGGAAGGUCCAAAAAGCUGGGGGGGCACGUGUUGUGGGUUGCCUACCCACCAGGCGGAGUUUUUGUUUGUUUUUUUUUUAAAUUGUAGUACACACACUUUACACUUUUCCAAACAUCUUCUUCCUGUCGGAAGUCUUCGACAAGAAGUCCCUGAGGAUGCUGUUCAGAUCUCUUUGCUCUGUGAGAUGUUUGUGAAUGUGUAGCAGAACUAUCUGCGACAAACGUGCCUGGUUCAUGGUGGAGCGAAGAUAAUUUUUCAGCCUGCGCAACGCACUGAAGGACCUUUCAGAAGUAGCACCUGAAGCUGAACAAGAAGAUUUUCUGUGCGUGGCGUGGCCUGCGGUUUGAGCGGCGUCCCUACCCCAUGGGAACGGCACGUCCCAUCCAUAUAAACCCAUUUCCUUAUCGUGUCUUUCAAAAAUUCUGGAGGGGCAAGGCCCCCCCAGCUCAAAACCUGGGGGGGCACGGGCCCCCCCGGCCCCCCCGUCUCCUACGCCAUUGGCAGGAGAAGGCCGCCUUGUUGCGGGACGCGCCAGGGGUGACCCGGCUGGUCGGUGUGUGUUGUGACAAGGACCCCGUCUGGAGCCUCCAGCUGCUGCAGCGCGCCGCGCCCACCGUGGAGCGGCUGAGUGUGAACCAUCCCCGCGAGGCCCACCUGCGCGCGGUGCAUGCUAUACCGCGGCUGAGGAGGCUGUACGUGUCGGGUGAUGCUGCCCUGCGCCUCGACCCCCUCGAGCUGCCCGCGCUGCCGCCGGGACAUGCCGGCCUGCAGUGGCUCAGCGUGCAGAACCUCCCCCGCGCCACGACACAGUCCCUGCUGCGGGCGCACGGCGGCACGCUGGAGGAGCUGGAGUUGUACGUGGGCACGGCGGGGAGUGGAGGGUGGCCAUACAGCUGCGGCGACCUGCUCUCGCUGCUGGAGCAGAGCUGGCUGCGGGCGCUCAGGAGGCUCGUGCUGCGGAGGGGUUGGUGCAGCCACAGUGCAGCCGCCUGCAGGGAGCAGCGCGGCAACGUGCGGCGGGUGCUGCCCGGGACCGAGGUGCUGUGCGGCUCGUGUGUCGGUGUGAGGGCGGAAUGGGUCUAGGGGCGGCGAGCAGCGGUCGUGCCCCCGCCACCUUGUGGAAGCGAGAGGACCCCGAGCAGCAGGGCCGGCAGGGCCACCCCGGGGCGUGUUCGGGGUCACAGCGCAGACAACACUCCUCGCGACCCGCAAGCACGGCGGGACAAGACACUGUGAGCGCACUGACAUUCACCUUUGGCGGGCGGCCACGGGUGCAGCCCACUCUACGGGUGUUUUUCGUGUCGACUUUUCGACUCGGUUAGCAACACUGCCGCCGAACGGGCCGAGCCUCGUGCAGGCGGGCCACGGCCACACCACAGUCUACCAGCCAGGUACAGGGAGCGACGCCGCGUAUUCAAGUCAUUCAUACAUGUACUGCGUCAUUCGAUAAAGUCAUCUAAUUUUAAAACAACUCGUAUGGCAUCAAGAAUAAAAUAAGUGUAUUAUUAUUACAAUUUUUA